CGCAUUAUCAUCUUUGUUAAAAAUAAUGUUUCCACAGAAAAAGUUGUCAACUAUAAAAUUAUUGACUUUAUGAGGGGGUUACAAAGAAUCUUUGUGUUAAGGACCAAAGUUUUUAGAGUAAAUAUUACGACUAAAGAUAAUCCAAUAAAAGUACAGUGCAUUUCUGAAACGGAAGCCACUUUGCUCAGACGUGACGGCCAGCCAAUCACAGCCUACGCAGUGUGCACGCAAUCAAACCGCGACUCGGAUUUGAAGACGGCACUGCUGUUUUCGCGGACUCUAUUUUUUUUAUUUACACUUUUCCUACUUAAACCUCAGAGGUUUGCGGUAGGCGAUGUCGUCAAACUGGUCAGAUUUCGAGAUCAGGGAGCUGCUGUCGAUUCGCGCCGAGCCGGAGAUAGACCUGCAGCUGUCCGGGACGGUCCGGGAUGCCGUGGUUUACGAGAAAAUCGCCAAGCUCCUGCAGGACCGAGGCAUCUCCAGGCAGAAGAGCCAGGUGAUCAGCAAGCUCAAGACCCUCAGGAAGAAGUACCUGCAGAUGACGGCGCACCACGGCAGCGGCGGCAGCGGCAGGCUGCACUGGCUCUACUUCGAGGCGUGCCAGCUGAUCUGGGGCAGCGGCCCGGCCAGCCGCCCGGCGGGCUCCGGGGGCGGCGAGGACGCCGAGGACGGGGACGACGCCGCGGCGGGACCCUCGUACAUCGUCGAGGUGGACAGCAAAGAAGACAUAACUUUAGCCCAGGUGGACGAAGAGAAGGUGUCAGCGACAGAGAGCCGUCCCGAAUCGCCUCCCCAGCCUCCAAGGAAGAGGAAGAAGAAGUUGUCCAGGAUGCAGCACGCGGCGGAGGAAAUGCUCCGGGUUUUCGCUGAAUUGGACAGAGAUUUCCACGAGAGGGAGAGCCGGCGAAUCCAGGAGCAAAGGAGAUACGAGGAGCGGGUGCGGAAAGAGGCGAUACAGCUGGAGAAGGAGGAGCGGGAGAGACAGAUGUCCAUGUGGAGAGAGAUGAUGGAGAGCCAGCAGCUGAUGAUGAGAGAGCUGCUGAGCCAGCUCUCGCCACAAAAAGAAUCACCCCCGCAGCCUCCAAGGAAGAAGCUGUCCAGGAUGCAGCAUGCGGCGGAGGAAAUGCACCAGGUUUUUGCUGAACUGGACCGAGAUUUCCACGAGAGGGAGAGCCGGCGGAUCCAGGAGCAGAGGGAGUACGAGGAGCGGGUGCGCAACGAGACGAGAGAGCUGGAGAAGGAGGAACAGGAAAGACAAACGUGCAUGUGGCGAGAGAUGAUGGAGAGCCAGCAGCUGAUGAUGAGAGAGCUGCUGAGCCAGCUCGUAGCACAGAGAGGCCGCCACCAGCAACAAGAAACCCCGGUGAACUCCCAUCAGACGAACUUUGGGCACACGGCGAGGCAGCACACAGCCGAACAAGACUCGAACUGUCCCACGUCGGCCUCCUCUUCCUUUACAGACAUGGACAACACACACUGACGCUUCAUCAGACAUGUUUCAUUCAGAAUGUUGAUGACACACUUUUGACAUUUGUUCUGCAAACGCCUUAACUUUGUUUUCGAGCUCCUUUGUAGAUGUGCAUCAUGUUUUCCGAUUGUAAUAAAUACUUGACCACA